AUGCUCGCCACAAAUAUAGCGAGGUCAAUCGUAACACCCGGGCCGUACAUGAACGCCACAAAUCCGCUUAUGACCUCUUCAGCAAACGACACAAUCGUCAGCAACGAGAGUUCUGAGCCGCUCAGUGUGGCAAUAAGCUUUGGUGUACUGGGCCUGGUCGUGGCGAUGCAUAGAAUUAGGUUAAUACAAAGCACGAGAUUGUCCUUCAGGGUCAGCGCCUUCUUCCUGAGUGCAUUUCUUAGCGAAGGAUACGAGGAUGAAGACCAUGCAUCGUAUAGCGAACGGGUCUGGACCUUCAGACGGUAG